GUGGAAAUUUCUCACACAGUAUACUUCAGUUUGCACAACACAAAACAGACAUCAACAGCUUUGCAGCUUCACUGGACGCUCUCAGAAUCAGUCCUGUGAUCAACACUGGAUUUUAUUUUUCGGUUCACACACAGAACAGACAGCCAGCAGACUGUGAGGAGAUAUUCCCUGAAUGUGACAAAUAGUGUACUGGACUAGAAUGGCUUCUUUCAAAUCUUUUUUUCCCAAACAGCAAAAGAGUCCACCUUGUCCUACUUUAGGUGAACAGUGGAGGAACAUACCGUGGGGUGACAAACAGAGAGACCUUCAGUAUGUGAAUGAUUAUCAGCCUCCUAAAGAGGUCCAACAUCUCAGAAUUCUGCUUCAUGGACCACCAGGUGCUGGCAAGUCCAGCUUCAUCAACUCUGUGGACAGUGUGUUACGAGGGAGAAUAGCAACUCGAGCUCUGGCAGAAACAAAUUCUGCUGAGAGCUUCACCAAAAGAUACAGGACUUAUAAAAUCCAGAGAGAAGGACCAGGGAACUUCUACCCUUUUGUCUUCAAUGACACUAUGGGUCUGGAGAAGGGCUCUAAUAGAGGAGUUGGUGUGGACGACAUCAAACUGGUCAUGAAAGGACACGUAAAAGAAGGUUACAAGUUCAACCCAACCUCCAGCUUGGCUGACAGUGAUUCAGACUACAACCCAUCUCCCACUCUGGAAGACCAAGUUCACAUUCUGGUUUGUGUUUUUUCUGCCACUUCACUGAGCUUACUGGAUCAAGACUCUGUGAAGAAGAUCAGGGAGGUCAGAGCAGCUGCCAGUGACAAAGGGAUUCCCCAAGUUGCUGUGGUUACUAAAAUUGAUGAUGAAUGCCCUGAGGUCAAAAAGGACAUAAAGAAUGUCUACAAGAGCAUUCGCCUGAAAGAACAGGCGGAGAAACUGAGUGCAUUGCUGGGUAUUCCAUUGAACUGCAUCUUUGCUGUGAAGAACUACAGCUCAGAAGUCGAGACAAAUGAUGACACCGAUACACUGAUCCUGAGCGCAAUGAGAAAGAUCCUUGACUAUGGAGAGGAUUACCUGAAUGACAGAACACCUUAAAACUACUGAGGCACAUGUUGUCUUGCAAUUAAAAACUCUUGCAAGAAGACCGGAACUUCAAAGAUGAAAUCAUUUUAUAAAGAAGCUGUAAACAUUUCGAACAUAUAUUUGUAAUUGCAGUUGUUACUUUUAAGGGACUUUCUGUAAUGUUGUUACUUUGCUAUAAUCAGAACAGUUUAUUUCAUCAUCAUUUCAUCAGACUUUUGACUGCAAUAUUUUGCUGUUUUUAUUUUCUCUGCUUCACAAAUGUGAUUUUUUUUGCAAUAAUUUACAAAUUAAAGACACAUAUCAUGUAUUUUAUUCAUAAAAGUCUGGAUAAUGUCAAUAACAAAGUACAGACUAGAUAUCACAUUUUUGUUGUUUAUUGUAUUGCUGAAUAUGUCCACUGUAGUAGAAAUGACUGAAAUCAAGUGUCUGUUUAAAAUUGCUUAAAUGUUCUUAAAAAAGACAACUGCAACUUUAGAUAUAAGCGACAAUAUUCAUCUACUCUUGAAGAUUAGAAGUCACUGGGAUGUCUCAAUUGUUUGGUUCAUAGUACAGACUAUGAUGUCAAGAAGACACAUUUUGGUGUUACGCAUUUCUGGUGAGAGUGAGAUGGUUGAGCUGACUUCAAUAAAUAUAUUAAUUUAAGGCA